CAAUCUCAAACAUCCAUUCUCAGUUAUUAUAAUAGUACUCUUCUUUCUCAUCUUCCCUAAAUUUCGCAUUUAUAUCCGAAAAGUUGGAACUCCAAUAAAAAGCGGUUGAUGAAAUGGAUGAAAAUUUACAGCUCAUUCAUGUAAGAAUGUUCCUCACACCUACUCUCCGAUUUCUUUAUAAACCCUUUAAUUAAUUCCCUUUCCCUCUUUUUUAGCACUUGUUUAUCCCCAUCAACCCCCUCUUUCUCUCCUAGAUUACUUCUUCUUAUUCUCUCCUCCUUUCUCUUUCCCUCGGAAUCUCUUUGUUCAAUAAUGGGUUGUGCGAGCUCCAAGCAACCGAAAUGCCUACACUGCGGGAAGAACCCAUCUGCUUUCUCUCGCAGCCAUUCGGUACCUUUACACCUUCCAGACCCCAUUGCCGUCCCCAUCGCGGUCCCCCAACCGGCGCUGCACAAAUGCGACAGCAAUCACAUCGUCGGCCUCACCUCCUCCACAUUGGGUUCUCUGAAGCUUGAUUCCUCCCUUCACAAUUAUCAUCGUGACCAUGAUCAUAUCUUCACUAAUGGUGAUAUCCCUCUUCACAAAGACAAAAAUGACGAGGAGGAAGAGGAAUUCUCAAAGGAGAUUCGCUUGGCCAAGACUUGGUCGGACAUGAUCAACCAGAAGAUCCCCAAGGUUGUUCCCAAGACCCCAAUUAGAACUCCACCGGGAGAACCAGAGACCAUCAACACCUGGGAAUUAAUGAAAGACCUAGAAGACAUCAGCCCACUCGGCCUUCCCAAUCUCGCCGACCCCAAUCGCUGCUUCUCCUUCCACACCAUCCCCUAUUCCUUACCUUCCGAUCCCUUCGUUCCCAAAUUAGAGCAGGAAAACGGCGACGAAACGCCCAUUCCGUUAUGGCUUCAGAUGUCCAACAGCGAUCCCGAUUACGAUCCCAAUCCCAAUGCCAAGCCCCUGCUCUCAGAUUUCGAUCCGGAGAUCAUAUCCACAUUCAGAAAGGCACUGGAAGAUAUAUCCCCGACCAACACCUCUCUUCUCCGGUCGCCGGAUCCCGAGAAGAUUUCCUCGCCGGUUAAUAACCGCUGGCUAUCGAUCUUCACUUCGAAGACAGAGGCGACGGACACGAAGAAUGCCUCAAACGGUUUAAUAAGGACUAGUGGGUGUGAGUACCCGCCAGGUGGGAAAGACAGGGUAGUGAUAUACUAUACGAGCCUGAGAGGGGUGAGGAAGACGUACGAAGACUGCUGUCAGGUAAGGGUAAUCAUGAAAGGGUUGGACGUUCGAGUGGACGAGAGGGACGUGUCGAUGCACUACGCGUUCAGGGAGGAGCUGAAUGAGUUGUUAGGAGAUGGGUUUAGAGGUGGGUUGCCAAGGGUGUUUGUGAGAGAAAGGUACAUUGGUGGUGUCGAUGAGAUAAAGCAGUUACACGAGGAUGGAAGUCUUGAGAAGCUAGUCCAGGGCUGCCGGAAAGUUGAUGAUGGAGGCGGCGAUGGUGGAGUAUGCGAGGCUUGUGGGGAUAUAAGGUUUGUGCUCUGCGAGAGGUGUUCGGGGAGCUGUAAAAUCUAUUACGAAGGUGGGGAAGAGGAGGAGGAGGAGGAGGUGGAGGAGGAGGAAUUUGGGUUUAUGCGGUGCCCAGACUGCAAUGAGAAUGGGAUUGUACGGUGCCCCAUCUGUUGUUGUUAAUACGUAAUUGGGUUACUACUGUUUACUACUACUUGUUAGAGAGGUGCAGAGAUCGAGAACUACUGAUUCCAUUUCAGUUGCAGACCAUGACCGAUUCUCUCUCUCUCUUUCCCUCUUUCCCUUUUUUUUUUUUUUCUUUCUUGGUUUCCUCUCCAUUUUGUAUUUUCUUUGUUUAUUGUACAUUGAGAGAAGUUUUGAUAUUGUUACAUAUGAAAUAAAAGGAACAAAAAAAUGGAGAGACUCUUGUUGUUGCAGAGAGAAAAAGGAGAGAUUCAUGA